AAGACGAUCAAAUAGUGGCGUAUAUAUUCUGUUAUGCUGUCGUUUCCUGGUGGAGUAGUUUCAAAGCUUUGGCUGUUUUAUUGGGUCAACAACCUUUGCAGAAUGCAAGUACACUAUCCCUUCUACUCUGGAUGUGGUUCCCGUUGACUAUGAACGAUAAUUUAGAUAAGGAAAAAGUUUCAGAGACUACUUCUCAGUUUCUGUCUCGUUUUGCUCUCAAGUUAGUCCUGGUUUGGGGCUUUGUUAAUAGUCUUGUCUUUAUUCCCUCUUCACUCAUUUGUCAUAUUAUUUAUGCGUUUUUGUUAUAUCUUUUUUGUUCUCUUCUAUUGGAUCUCUGUGCUGCCAUCUGCAAGCCAUGGUUUCCCUUGGAUAUUCACUUUGAUAAACCGUUUUUAUCUAAUAGUUUAUCCGAUUUUUGGUCCAGGCGUUGGAAUGUUCAAGCUGCGAAGACUCUGUAUUAUACAGUUUAUUUAAGUAUUUGUCCCAAUAAUCAGCGUUAUCCUCAAUGGAGAAAACUAGUUGCAGUAAUAAGUACUUUUAUGGUCAGUGGCAUUAUGCAUGAACUGUUAUUAUUCCGAAUAAAUGGAACGGUGACUGGACAUUGGUUUAUAUUUUUUUCGUUACAUGGUUUCUUACUAGUUAUUGAAAAAAUUGGCAAAAAGGUAAUUAAGGAAUGAAACAACAUUGUGUCUUUUGACUGUUGCUUGUCGAUAUUAGAUGAUGUUUCGUUGUUCUG